AUGUGGGGACUUAGAAAUGUUAGAGAGAUUGUCAACGUUCAAGAAGUUUAUGAUGGUUACCUCAACAUAUUCUCUAUUGAACUUCAUCACGGAGGGAGUUUCACAAAGUUUCCAAAUAUCAGGUAUAUUAAUGGCCAAGUAAGGUACUUUGAUGUUGUCGACAUUGAUGAAUUUUCUGUUCAUGAACUAGACUCGAUGAUGAGAGAAUUAGGGUAUGAUGGUACUGAAAUCAUGUAUUACCAUUUCCGUUUGCCUAAUGAAGGAUUUGACUUUGGACUCCGAGCAUUAGGUAACGAUGAUGAUGUGCGUAAUCUCUCACGAUAUGUUACCCAUAAUAACAAAAUGAUUAAAGUGUACACAGAGCAUGGUCAAACGAACUUGCUUACAUAUUUUAUGUCCCCAACUGGUCCAAAAGGGUUAUAA